UCCUGAACAACGCAUUUGCUCAUGCCUUUAGUUGUGCUUCCUGUUGUGAGAAUUACACCUGCAGAAGAGGGAGGAGUCCGGGUUGAUGGGUGAGAGAUAAAAGCGCAGACGGGCUGAAGAUGCAGAAAAGCUUUCGCUGCUGCUGUGGGUCCACAUAAAGCGCUCAACAUGGGCAACUGGAUUAUCAACCAUGGGCUCACAUCCUUUAUACUGGUGGUCUGGAUGGGCAUCAACAUCUUCCUCUUUGUUUGGUUUUACCUAUUCUACGAUUUGGGGGAUUCGUAUUACUACACACGUCAUCUUUUAGGGUCUGCCUUGGCCUGGGCCCGAGCUCCAGCCGCUGUCCUGAACUUUAACUGCAUGCUGAUCCUGCUGCCCGUGUGCAGGAACCUGUUGUCUCUGCUCCGAGGAUCUUUUGUGUGUUGCGGAAGAACAAUGAGGAAACAACUGGAUAAAAAUCUGAGUUUCCACAAGCUGGUGGCGUACAUGAUAGCUCUGAUGACAGCCGUUCACAUGAUCGCCCACCUGCUGAACGUGGAGUGGUACAACAACAGCAGGCGAGGAGGUUACGACAAACUGAGCACCGCUCUGUCCAACCUGGAGGACACAGAUAACACCACCUACCUGAACCCCAUCCGCAAAACAGAUGUUGAUGCUCAGCAGACUCCGACCUACUUCGUCUUCACCACCAUCGCCGGCCUGACGGGGGUCAUAAUCACUCUGGCCCUCAUCCUCAUCAUCACCUCCUCCAUGGAGGUCAUUAGACGCAGCUACUUCGAAGUUUUCUGGUACACACACCACCUCUUCGUCAUCUUCUUCGCUGGUCUCGUGUUUCACGGAGCUGGGUUCAUAGUGAGGAAACAACUGACAACAGAUCCACCGCACAACUACACCCUAUGUAAAGACCGCAGUGAGGAGUGGGGACGGAUUCCUGAGUGUCCCAUCCCCAAGUUCGGAGGAGGGCCUGCCCAGACCUGGUGGUGGGUGAUCGGUCCGAUGGUUCUGUACCUGUGUGAACGUCUGCUGCGUUUCAUUCGUUACAUGCAGACAGUUCAAUACAGGAAGAUCGUGAUGCAUCCAUCCAAGGUGCUGGAGCUGCAGCUGGUCAGGGACGGGUUUAAGAUGGAGGUGGGUCAGUAUGUCUUCCUCAACUGCCCGGCCAUCUCGCAGCUGGAGUGGCACCCGUUCACCAUGACCUCCGCCCCCGAGGAGGAUUUCUUCAGCGUCCACAUCCGCUCAGCCGGGGACUGGACCGACAGACUCAUAGACAUCAUGCAGCAUCUACCAGAGGGAGCACAGGGGCCCAAGAUGGGAGUGGACGGCCCCUUCGGCACAGCAAGUGAGGACGUGUUCGACUAUGAGGUCAGCAUGCUGGUUGGAGCUGGCAUCGGCGUCACUCCAUUCGCCUCCAUCCUCAAAUCCAUCUGGUAUAAAUUCAAAACCUCCAACCCUAAUUUACACACCAGAAAGAUCUACUUUUACUGGCUCUGCCGGGAAACACACGCCUUCGAGUGGUUUGCCGACCUGCUGCAGGUGCUGGAGAGAGAGAUGGAGGAGAGAGGAAUGGGGGAUUUCCUCACCUACAAACUCUACCUGACUGGCUGGGAUCAAAGCCAUGCGACUCAUGCUUGGGUUCACUUUGACGAUGACACAGACGUGGUCACUGGCCUCAAACAGAAAACACAUUAUGGCCGACCCGUCUGGGACAAGGAGUUCGAACAAGUCUGCAAAGAAAACCCAGCUUCUACAGUUGGAACUUUCUUGUGUGGCCCUGCAGUUUUGGGAAAGGUCCUGGAGAAGAAAUGUGCCAACUUCUCAGAUGUGGAUCCCCGGAAGACCAGAUUUUACUUCAACAAGGAGAACUUCUGAGCAAAGACAGCAGGUGUUCCUUUCACAGAGGAAGUUAUUGACAAUGCUGCCUGAAAAUCUGCAGCACUUGCUGGGUGUGUUUCGACACUUCAGGUCCGACGGCACGUCGUCCAAAAGGCAGGGCAUUUUGGUUUUAUAGCACCACUCAGGGACAGACUCUUCCCACGUUUUCAGCCAUGAGUAAUUGUCUCUUAAUUACUAUAACCGUCAGUGAAACUCAGAUGUUUACUCAUCAAUACAUUGCAAGGAAUUAUUUGACUAUUACAAGACAUCAGAAACACCAAGGUUGUGUCUCAGUUUACUUGUCGGGAGCACAUGAUGUGGAAAACUACUUUACCAUAAAGACUAAAUAAAUCAAGAUCAACAUUUUAAAUGUACAAAUAAUUACUUGUCUAAAUGUCAGAUUUGAUUUUUUAUUCAAUUUACAUCUACAUACAAUAAGGAAAAACUGAAAAAGGGGGCAUUUUUUCUUGUAUAGUUACAUGUCAUGAGUGAUUAAAACAUGUUAUUUUCUGUGGGUUGAUUCAGGUUUUUCUUAAUUGAAACCCGACACCCCGACCCAACAAUCAAAUUCCCUGUAAAUAUCACACUGAGUUCGUGACACUUGUCCAAAGCUUUACUGCUUGAAUAAAUACAUUUCUUGGAAGGAAAUACAAUCUUUAUAACGCUUCAACUGCACUCAUAUUUCCUUGUUAUAGUGAUAAGAAAAAUAGGAGGAAGACUUCCUGUCACGUAUCUUCUUGGUUAAUCAUUUUCCAACGUAGUGGAAGAUUAUUUUUCAGCAUUUGCUACCCCACCUACCCAUCUUGUAUAUUUCUCAACUUGUUUUAAAUAAAUGAAUGUAAGAAUGUA